AUGACCCAAGGGACUGGUACCUGCCUUUUGGGAGGCCUAUUUCGCAAGUGGCACUAUGCAGGGCGCGAUGAGUCCUUGAUACCAUUAUCCAUCAAUGGUUCUCCCAUCCCAGACCACAUACAGCAUGCAAUUCACAUUUCCAACACUGCCGUCCCGGAUCUCGAGAAGCUUCUCCAGGGCCCAGACAUCCCCUCCUGUACAGUCGACAGUGCUGCUAAAAUACGGAAAGGCCACAUUGUCCCGCCCCCACCCACCGACACACCUGUGCCAGUUGAAGUCAUAAAUGGAGAAGAGCAUGGUUCUCCCAUCGACCCUGCUGAUCUUCCCAAAGGCCCUUUCUUCGAGGAAGCUGUUAACUCAGCUGUUAACUCGGGUGUGUACCCGUAUAAUGCAUUCAGGCUUCCCUUCUCCCACCUUGAGCGCCCACCGAACGUCGACCCAACUAUGGUUGCAACACGCCUCCAGCGCCUCCUCAUUCCCUCCAUAAUGCCCGUAGGUCUCGACGUGCACCAGAUCAUCAAUGAGCGCGAUCGCUUCAUCGAAGCACGCAUCCAACAGCGCAUUAAAGAGCUCGAGGAGAUCCCAGCCACCAUCGGCGAUGGCAGCUUUGAUUCUCUGGCAGAUGUUAUCCUCAGUCCGCACAAGCAAGAGCCCCCCAACGAUAACCAGCGACUCUCAGCACUGUCCCCACACGAGAAGUUAUGUGCAAUGAUCGAGCUCAAUUCUCUCUCUCUCUCCAACAUCGUAUCAUGCGUUUCAGAAGAAAACGGGAUGUUGAGCACUGAUGGUACCCGAUAG